AUGUUUUAUGAAGAAGAAAUUUCAUUAGCACCCUUAGCAAUAAAAGUCAAGUCUGAGAAGUUGCAAAAGCCAGAUGAUGAAGACUUAUUUGAUAACUUUAAAUUCGAUGAUAAAAAUUUAGACAAACCAGACAAGUUCUUGACUGACCAAUAUAGCAAGUUAGAGUUAACUGAGGAAAAAGAAGAAAGUGUAAUCAAAAAGUUAAAGAAGAACCUUAACAAUGAAGCCAUAAUAAAUAAUCAAAAGAACCAUAUGAACAAUAUAUUGAGUCAGGAAGUGAACAUUUUUGCUGAAACUGUAGAUAAUCCUGAACAAACAUUAGCAUACAUUCACAAAAUAAACACUAAAAGUGCCUUCAUGAUUAAGCAAGUUCUCUAUUGUGCUGCCUCUAAUAUAUGCAGCUUUAUAAAGAAUAAAAUUGAAAAGUUGAAAGCAAAAGGUUUAGUUAAAGAAAGUACUAAACCAUGGGUGUUUCAUGUAGUCAUUGUGCUAAAAAAAGGUAGUUAA